AUGUGCAUUCUGCUGGAAAGACUUGUCAGUUCUGCUUCAAAUUCUCCACCCCCUGGGCAGGAACGUCAUUCAGAUACCUGUGGGUUCCCCGGGGCGAGGCUGACUUCGCAGAAUAUUUUGUUCCUUUACAUAGUGUUUCCUUUUAAACAAUCUUUAUUCUCCACAAGUUUUCAACGUGAUUCUAAGUUUCGUGUCGCUUCUUUCAUCGACCAUGUUUUUCACGUUCUUGAUAUAGUGGAGCUUGAAUCCAGCCUUGUCAGAGAUCGAUUAGAUUGUGUGCUUCAAUGUUUAGAGGAUCAGCGAUGUUUCUCAACAAACCUUGUUGCUAAACCUGAUAUCACUGGUAACUAUGUUUGUGAGCUGCUUCCCACAGACAAGUAUAACGCUUCUUACAGCUUUAAACCAAGUCCACAUUUCCAUCACUACAGUGUUAAGAGUCCAUGUUUAUCAAAACCUUGUCGGAAUAACAGCAGCUGUCGAGCCUUGUAUCAACUGAAUGAUUUCUGGUGUGAGUGUCAAGCAAAUUACUCUGGAAAAUAUUGUGAGAAAUGGCUUGUCGAAAUACCGGGGGAUGUUUGCAUGUAUGGGAAAGGCGAUAAGCCAGGGGUGUUUUUCACACCAAUGGCCGGAAAAAUCUACUCUAUCAGGUUGGUACAUAUUUCUGGUAAGGUGAGCUGCACACCUGAAGAUGAAAGUAACUGGGGUUAUGGUUCCUUCAUCGACACAAUUCUAACAGAUAAGGACGACCACGUUGUUUUCCCAGAAGAUCACAAAGCUAAUUAUUACCGGCUUCCUGGAUUCACAGGCAACUCUUCUGAGCUGGUCUUAACAUUUACUUCUCCAUUGGUGGUGACCGCUGGUCAAGAAUAUCGGCUGUGGUAUUGGGAAGACCUCGUCAACGAUACCGAAGAAGACAACAAGCCUGGACCAUCCUGCAUGAAAGUUAUUUAUCUUUUUAGCGAUUGA